AUGAGUAGCUACUGCGAAUCCUACGACGAGAAGAUCCUGGUUGCACGUCAUAUUGCUCAUAACGUCGUAUUAACCUUAAUAUAUACGAAACGCCUACACACUCUCGACGCUGGCGCGCUCCUUGAGCUCGUGAGUGACGCCCUUGACCUCGUCCUUGGCCAGACCCAUGUCUGCUGCGAAGGUGGAGUGAGGCUUCCACUUGGCAGAGGUCCAUGGGGUGGUCUCCUCGAGCAUCCUGUCGACCUGCUCCAGAGUAAGGCCCUUGGUUUCUGGGAUCAGCAUCACGGCGUACAGAAGACAGCAGCCACACAGCGAGCCCCAGAUGAAGAACACCUUCGAUCCCAGGUUGCCCUUGUCGGUGUCAACCAUGUAAGGAGUGAUGACGGCAAUAAUACAGUUCCACAACCAGUUGGAGGCGGUCGACAAACCAACACCCCUCGAUCUGAUCGGCAGUGGGAAGAUCUCUCCGAUGAUAACCCAAGCUCCCGGACCCCAGGUCGAAGCAAAGAAGAAGAUGUAGAUGCAGAUGAAGGCGAUCUGAGCCUUCACGGUGUCCUGGUUCUUACCAUCGACGGUACCGGCAAUGGCCACGAUAAACUCGCAGAUAACCAUUCCCACGGCACCGUAAAUCAUGAGCGUACGACGGCCGAGCUUCUCGAUCGUGUAGAAGGCUAUAGGAGUCGACGCGACGUUGACGAUGGUGGUGAUCACGGAGGUGAGGAACUCGUUGUGGAUGGUGCCGAGCUGCUGGAAGAAAGUCGUACCGAAGUAGAAGAUGAAGUUGAUACCGGUCCACUGCUGCAUCAUCUGCAAGGAGGUUCCGAGGAUAGUCUUUCUGAGGUUCGAAGAAGGCUUUCUGAGUCCUCCGGUGAAACAAGCUCCCCAGGAUUGCCAGUAUCCCAUGGUAGGAAUGACGCUCUUUUCGUACUCGUGGUUGGCCACGAUCUCGGCGAGCUCCUCCUGGAUGUAGUCGGAGUCCACCGGCUGGCCUCUGAGUCUGGAGAGCACCUUGGCGGCCCGGUCGAGCUUGCCCCUGAGGACAAAGUAUCUUGGAGACUCUGGGAGCAAGAGCAGUCCAACUCCGAGGAUGAUGGACCAGAGCAGCUGCAGCGCAAUAGGGAUUCUGUAGGAGCCAGAGUCGUUUCUGUGCUCAGUGCCGUAGUCGAUACAGGACGCGAUGAGCAGUCCGAUGGUGACGAAGAACUGGUAGCCAGAAACAAUGGCACCUCUGAUUUUCUUUGGAGAUAUCUCCGACAGAUACAGGAUCACCACCGACGAAACAAAACCAACACCAACACCAGCUAUGACUCUUCCCACGGACAGCAGGGCCACCGUGGUGGAGGCAGUCUGGAUCACAACUCCGGCCGAGUAGAUACCGCAGCCAGCCACAAUAAUGGUUCUUCUUCCAAGCAUGUCAGCCAGGUCUCCUGCAAACACGGCACCAAAGAAGGUACCUGCAGAAAGAAUAGAGGUAAUAAGGGAUUUCUGAGACGAGCUCAGGACAUAAUGAGGGUCAUUGUCGCCGUGCUUCACUUUCCCGGUGAACUCGUGGAUAAAGUAGUCCAUACCCAUGACACCAGAGAUGUAACCGGAGUCGUAUCCAAAGAGGAUACCUCCUAG